AAAAAGAAUGCUUCCUGAUAAGGUUUUAAGCAUUUUAUAUGCCAUCGAAAUGCAUUGUGGGAUCGAAUAAUUCCAAAUUUAGAAUCAGGGCGACAUUUAUAAAUUGACGUCACAGAAAUAAACAAUUAUUCAUAUUACAGAGGUCCCAGGUAAAGAUGAGGGAGUACAAACUAGUUGUACUUGGGAGUGGUGGCGUCGGUAAAAGUGCCCUGACUGUGCAGUUUGUACAAAACAUAUUUGUAGAAAAAUAUGAUCCAACUAUUGAAGACAGCUAUAGAAAACAAGUGGAGGUGGAUGGCCAACAGUGUAUGUUAGAGAUUCUGGACACAGCAGGGACAGAACAAUUCACGGCUAUGAGGGAUCUGUACAUGAAGAACGGACAGGGAUUUCUUCUUGUUUAUUCCAUUACGGCACAGUCCACAUUUAACGAUCUUCAGGAUUUACGAGAACAGAUAUUACGAGUCAAAGACACAGACGAUGUACCUAUGAUUUUGGUAGGAAAUAAAUGUGACUUAGAAGAUGAGCGGGUUGUAGGAAAGGACCAAGGUUUGGGACUGGCCCGUCACUUCAACUGUGAAUUCAUGGAGACCUCAGCGAAAAAGAAAGUUAAUGUCAAUGAAGUUUUCUGUGGUUUGGUAAGGUUAAUAAAUAAACGUACCCCAGCCCCCGGGAAAUCUCCAGGAUCGGGAAGUAAAAAGUCCUGUAGGCUGCUGUAGGAAAUUUGAAGAGAUGAACAGAAGCAGAGGAAAACAUUUGGAUCCACCCCCAUAAUGUGUAACCAUCUCUAUAUUGACAAUAUUGAGGAGACGGAAUCUUGUGAUCAUCAACAAAUCGCUCCACAGACUUCAACCACAGUUUAUCAUUUUCUGAAGGGGGAUUUAUAUUUAUAAUUCUGUAUAUAUUUAUAUAGCUUCUCACAGCUUAGAGAUCUUAAUGUUUAUAGUGACAAUAAUUAGGAGGCGGAGUCUAGUGAUGAUUGACAGCUUUGAGGUUUAGUGGCAAGGAAAGGACUGGGUUUUCUUUGUGCUAGCUUGUACAAUUUUUUUUUUGUGGUGUAUAAAUAUGUCAAUUCUAAAUUGCUGAACAUAACGUACAUUUUUUCUGGUGAUUCCUUUAAACUUUUGCAGUAAUUUUGACAGUCAUCACCACAACUUCUGAAUUCUUUAAUUUAUUUGUUCCAACAUUGCACCAAGGUGAACAUACUAAAAAAGUUUAAAAAAAAAAAAAAAUAGAGAGAUUGGUACAUCUUUCUGUCCCGUUAUCAAGUAUUAAGGCAGAGACUGUGUAUUGAAGACACCUUGGUUAUAUUGAUGACUGGAUAAAAUACAUGUAGGUAAAAGAGGUGAUAUGUAUAAAGUUUGGUUAGUAGAUAUAGAUUCUUGUUGAGCUACUCCCAUUGUCAAUGUUUUGUUGAAUUUUACACUUAAAUCCAAACAAUAAUCCAUUGUCCUGAUAACUUGUAUGAUAACAGUGUGUUAUAACUGGGCAUAGGUAUUACGUUAGUUAUGUAUUCACUAGAACUUCUCUGUCCUGUUUACUCAUGUUCAAAACACUGUCAUAAACCUUGUGUCUGUAGCAGAAAAUCAUAUGUUGGAAGUUAAGGGCUCUUCUUUUUCCACGUAAGGCCAGUCUUAAACCUAAAAUAAAUGUGAGGUAAUAAUUCCCUCUAUGGAAUAGCUUGUAACAAAUUUUCUCUUUUUGAUAAAAGACUGUGGACUUCGAUUUUUGAAUGUUUUAUAUGAAUGUCAAUGACUUAUUUUACGCUGUAUGUUAUCUACUGUCUAUUAAUAAAUUUGAUAAUAAAAAAGGUGCUUAAAGUCAA